AUGGGACAUUUUAAUCCGAAUGAAAGUAUGACACUGGUAACAACACCGGAAGAAUAUCCUUAUUGGACUACAAUGAAACCCAUGAUUUUACCACGAGGAGUACCACAUCAGUAUAUGUAUGCACUUUUUUCAGGUGGAGUCUUUAGUUCAUGGGAACAGAUUGAAUGUGAAAGAACCUUGAUACCUGAAGGACGUGAAAUGCUAGUGAUUGAGGAAUAUGGACAAUUUGAUCAGGACAUGGAACUUGUUCCCACAGGUGAACAUAUUGAACGAACACUUGUGUUUGAACGUCGGAAAAAGAAAAAAUUAAUAUUGGUGGGACAACAACACAUUUUGGACGAAAUGAAGGAUGAUUCGAGUGAGGUCAUGGAGGAAACAACAUUCGAUACAAUAAGUGGUCAGGUUAAAGAGGAUAACGGCGGAAGAAGUAACGUUUUCAAGUCUCCACGUAGCAGUAUAACAGGCUCUCCUAGUCAGAGAUUUCCACAGAAAAAGAAAAUGCAGAGCAGGUACAGGAGGUAUAUGCCAUCAAGCUAUCGUCCGUCUCCUGAAGCAAUAUUGUUCUUGGUAUGCUAUCACUUACCGGUGAAACUUACGAAAUCUCCGGAGAAUGGAUCCUGGUCAGCGAAGUGGAAUCGUGAUAGUUUAAUUUCUAGGAGUGAAAACAGUAUUGCAGAAAGUAUGAGCACAACGUGGGUCGGCUGUGUGACAUACCACGCCCGUAGUGAUUAUGAAGAUCUUUCGGAUGAUGACAAGAGUGAGAUUACGGCGAUAUUGGCGGAGAUGCGCUGUAUUCCCGUAUUUAUUGACCGUCAGCUAGCUGCGAACCACCAUGGCGGAUAUUGCAAAAACAAGCUGUGGCCCAUGUUUCACAAUGUGGAUAUUUUGGAUAUUUACUACGCUAUUUGGGACCGUGCAGAAGUGAUUGAGUGGAAAGAGGAGCGCAAUAAUGGCGAGUGGUGGGAUGCAUACCAGACAGUGAACAGAUUGUUGGCAAACCGUGUUAGUGAGUUGUGCAAGGAAAAUGAUACGGUGUGGGUUCACGACUAUCAUCUGCUGCUAUUUCCGUCAUAUCUGGCCAACACAUGCAGAAGCGAGAACCGCAAGCGACCUAAGAUGGUGUUUUUCUUGCACGUACCUUUUCCCACGUCGGAGGUAUUUCGAGAGCUUUCGCACGGCACGCAACUACUAGAAGGCGUGCUGGAUGUAGACAUUGUAGGAUUUCACUCUUUUGAUCACGCGCGCCACUUUCUCAAUGCGUGCAAGCGCUUUCUGGGUCUCACGUAUCAGUCUCGACGCGGCGGAAAUCUGGGUGUUGACUACCAUGGUCGCAAUGUGAUAAUCACGAUUAGCCACGUGGGUAUAGAAACCACCCUUAUUCGUGAGGUAAUUAAUAACCCUGAGGUGCAGGAGGCAGCACGUAAGCUGCGCGAGAAACAUGCAGGCAAGCUUCUUAUUGCAGGUGUUGAUGUCUGUCAGCGGUUGAGUGGCAUUCCGCUUAAAAUGCUUGCGUUUGAACAGUUUUUUAGCAAUUGUCCGACUUGGAAGGAUAAACUUGUGUUUGUGGAGCGUGCAAAUCUGGCAAAAACUCGAUUAGGUGAUCAAAAUUAUAGCAGUAAUGAGAUUCGCAAGCUUGUGGAUCGGAUCACCGAGGCUUACGGCCCGGAGUGCAUCGACUACGAAGAGUCGUCCUCUCCAUCGACUAUAGAAGAACGUGUGGCGCUGUGGCUUGCCAGUGAUAUUUUGAUGGUCACGUCUAUCCGCGAAGGACUUAAUCUGAAACCCUUAGAGUUUGUGUUUGCAAAGGGUGUGAACCCUACAGAUCGACCGGGCGUUGUUAUACUAAGUGAGUUUUCGGCAUGCUGCUGCGUCUUAAACGGUGCCGUGCGAGUUAAUCCGUGGAACAUCACGGGCCUUGUGAACUCUUUGGAUCAUGCAUUGACAAUGAGCGACGAGGAGCGGCUUGGGCGUCGUGCACGAGAUCUACCGUACAUUACUAGCCAACCCGCUGCAAACUGGACGAAACAAGUGCUGUCCGUUCUCCAUGAAGUUACUGACAACCCAGAGGGUGACGAGGAGUACACGAAUAUGGAAUACAUGGAUACGGAGAUUGGUCGCUCUCACAUAUUACGUGUUGGCGAUCGAUCUGACUUCAAGCAUUUGAACAUUGAAAAGGUCAUGGCAGCAUAUAUGCAGUCGAAGCGACGUGUGUUCCUACUUGACUACGGUGGCACCAUCAUUGCGCGUGAGAAUAUCGCAAUGUAUGUAAAGAAGGACUUUACAGCUGUGACGGGUAAACAGCCGUCUCCACUUAUGAAGGAAGCACUGACAAAACUGACGAAUGAUCCGCGAAAUACAGUGUUUGUCGUGAGUGGCGUGACUAAGUCAAACUUAAGUGCGUCGCUUGGACAUAUUCGUGGUCUUGGUCUUGUAUCUGACAAUGGAGCCCUGUACUCGUGGGCUCGAUCCAUCAACAUUGAUAGCGUCGAGGACACAAAUUUGCAGGACGACAUCGACUCGACCGGUCGUCACUGGUACCAACACAAAUUUAAAUUUGAUUGGGGCCCGGUCCGUGAGGCAGUUGAUCCGAUUCUAAAGGUAUACUGUACACGCACAAAUGGUAGCGUAUUGCGUUAUACGCAGCAGAGUAUUGCGUGGAACUUUCGCUCAACUGACCCGGAGUGGGGUCUGUUGCAAGCAAAUUCGCUGCAGAUGGAUUUAGAGGAUGUGAUUCGCGACCUCCCGGUAAAUAUAAUUCGCAAGAAGGGUCUGCUGGAGAUUGUCCCGGAAGGUUUGAACAAGGGUGUGGUGGCCAGACAGAUCUUGACUCGGGAUGCGAGUAUCAGCCAUAGUCAUCCCGAUUUUCUCUUCUGCAUUGGCGACGACACAACAGAUGAAAACAUGUUCAAGGCUAUUUACGACUACUACGCAGAGCGAACGGAAGAGAGUAUGCAUGGGCGGCCUGGCAACAAUACCUAUGAUGAUUUGGUCGCUGCAGGCGAUGAAGGUCCGCUUCACCACGUGUUUACAUGCACAGUGGGCAAGAAGCCUAGCAACGCACAUUUAUAUGUCAACAAUGUGGAAGAGGUUCAACAGCUUUUACAAGCGUUGGGCAAGGCAUCAAGUGAGAGAGAGCACUUUGAAGUAGGAGAUGACGGUGAUGAUCUUCCAAUGACGACUUUAGAACAAGACAAGAUGGUGUCGAAAUAUGGUCAUGACGCAAACGAAAAGAAGCAAACGACGGUUUUCAUACCUACAACCGUAUCCAAUCAGUUUGCUACCCUUUCUAGCGAGAAGACAUCACUUCCGUCUCCUACGCCACGUCGCUCCGUGUCCAGAGAGAUGCUCGAGCAGAUGUCUGGCCUUGAAAAUAACACACGAUACCAUAAAGUGACCAUCGUCAAACCUUUUGGGUGCUUUUAUCUGAUGCAACUGAUUGAAAAGUCUACUCAAGUAGGUGCAUUCUUUUCACCAAAGUUGUUUCUACCCAAGGAUAUUUGGCAACAAGAUCAAGUCAAAUUGGCUGGCAUUCCACUUAAAAUGGAGAUUUUUCAUCACCUGAAACAAAAACUUGAAAAGAUCAGUCACGCGUUGCCAUUGUCAUCCGAUAUGGCAAAAGCUACUUUUAUCAAUGAAUUGGAUGCGUUGCUGGACUUUACACGACAGGAGCGCGUGCAGUUGAUCCGGUCUUUUCCUUUUUUACCUCAGGACAAGAUCAAUGCUGCCGUACAAGUGAUGCGGAGAGAUAGUAGUAGUCAUGAGGCGGAAGAAGGAUCGGUUGAUGCGUACUCAUCGGGUAUUGGCAAGCUAACAAAUCUAGCAUUUGGAUUUGGACGCAUGGUCAAAAAGCAGGCUAUUGCUGCAGUAGAACGUGUUGGAGCUGCGCCAUUCGUUUCAGUUUCAAUUGAUGAGUUGGAAAAGUAUGCUGCAGUGCUCUGUAUGUUCUUCAACUCCACACGAAGCAUUGAAAACCUUCUCGGGCUACGAGCAGACGUCGAUGGUACUCGAGAACCAGUCAACAAUCCCAAGGUGGUAACAGAUAGCUCGCAAUUGGACUCUGCUACUUUAAAGAAGUUAGAAGAUCUUGCGAUUUUCCUGGACGAAGUCGUCAUCGAGCUUGUAAUGCGUGACAUUCACAGCCUUUUGGAGGUCUAUCUGCAACGGCUGACAAGGCAGUUUGGCGAGUUUACAGUUGAGCAGGCUGCGAUGAAGCGCCAACCAUCUGUGUCGGCACCGUAG